UGAUUAAAUACUUCAGAAACUUAAUGUUUCAAAACUUCUUGUUUGCUUUCGUUUAACAAACUACCUCAGAAAGCAAAAAAUUUUACAGUCAGUAAUCGGUUUGUGCUUCCUCAGUUUAUUGAUAGCAUACUUGUUUCUUGGCGCAGUGGUAUUUACUAUUUUUUCUGAGUUAGCUUUUCUCGAUGCGAUUCAUUUUUCUAUCACAUCAGUUUUCACAAUCGGUUAUGGCGAUACACAACCACCUGUCCCUGUACCAUACCUAAUUAUAUAUAUUACAAUUGGUGUGAUAAUGGUGACAAUAACAGUGGAUAUGCUGGCUGCAGAUGUAAUCAACUACAUUCAUUAUAUGGGCCGACAUGUAAAUACAGUCAAGAAACUUACUCUAAAAUUUUAUAAGGUUCUCUAG